AUGGACGAAGCAAUCAAUGCAAACCUUGUUUCUGGAGAUAUUAUAGUCUCUUUUAACAUUCCUGGUUUGCCAGAACCGGUACAAGUGCCAUUCAGCGAAUUUGAUUCGUUUCAUAAAGACCAGCUCAUUGGAGUCAUCAUUCUUGGAGUCACUAUUGGAGCAUGCUCGCUUUUGUUGAUAUUGCUACUUGGAAUGUUAUACAAGAGCCGUGAAAAGUAUUGGAAAUCACUAUUAUUUAUGCUCAAUGUAUGCAUCUUGGCUGCCACAAUCUUAAGGAGCGGUUGCUUCUUAGACUAUUAUCUAAGUGAUUUGGCCAGUAUCAGUUAUACAUUUACUGGAGUAUACAAUGGUACCAGCUUUGCUAGCUCUGACGCGGCAAAUGUGUUCAAGACUAUUAUGUUUGCCUUGAUUGAAACUUCGUUAACCUUUCAAGUGUAUGUCAUGUUUCAAGGGACCACUUGGAAAAAUUGGGGCCAUGCUGUCACUGCAUUAUCGGGUCUCUUGUCUGUUGCCUCAGUGGCGUUCCAGAUCUACACCACGAUUUUAUCCCACAAUAAUUUCAAUGCUACAAUCUCGGGAACCGGUACAUUAACUUCAGGUGUUUGGAUGGACUUACCAACACUCUUGUUUGCCGCAAGUAUCAAUUUUAUGACCAUUUUGUUGUUAUUUAAGUUGGGAAUGGCCAUUAGACAAAGAAGGUAUUUAGGUUUAAAACAGUUUGAUGGGUUCCAUAUCUUAUUCAUCAUGUUUACCCAAACAUUGUUCAUACCCUCGAUUUUGCUUGUGAUCCACUACUUUUACCAGGCAAUGUCUGGACCAUUCAUCAUCAACAUGGCGUUGUUCUUGGUGGUGGCAUUCUUGCCAUUGAGUUCAUUAUGGGCACAAACUGCAAACACUACUAAAAAGAUUGAAUCUUCGCCAAGUAUGAGCUUUAUUACUAGACGAAAAUCAGAGGAUGAGUCACCACUGGCUGCUAACGACGAGGAUAGGUUACGAAAAUUCACCACAACUUUGGAUUUGUCGGGCAACAAGAACAAUACAACAAACAAUAAUAACAAUAGCAACAACAUUAACAACAAUAUGAGCAACAUCAACUACCCUUCUACAGGACUGGGAGAAGACGAUAAAUCCUUUAUAUUUGAGAUGGAACCCAGUCGGGAAAGAGCUGCAAUAGAAGAGAUUGAUCUUGGAGCAAGGAUCGAUACCGGUUUGCCCAGAGAUUUAGAGAAAUUUCUAGUUGAUGGGUUUGACGAUAGUGAUGACGGAGAAGGAAUGAUAGCCAGAGAAGUGACUAUGUUGAAAAAAUAG